AUGGCCACCAACGGCCGGCACCCCAAGACGCAUCGGGAGAACGACGGCGACGAUGAAGGGCUGGAUCCAAAGAAGGCGAGGGAGACCACGCUGCGUGACGAGCUGAGGGCCUGCAUCGCGGAGCUGUCCGACUUCGUGCUGGCCAGGCGGUGCGCGCCGAUCAUGGUCCGCCUGGCGUGGCACGACGCCGGCACGUACGACAAGGAAGUGGAGGAAUGGCCCAAGUGCGGCGGCGCGAAUGGAUCCAUACGCUUCGCAGCGGAGCUGGCUCACGGGGCGAAUGCCGGUCUUGGCAAGGCGGUGGAGAUGCUGGAGCCCUUCGCCAAGAAGUACCCCUCCAUCUCGUACGCGGAUCUGUACCAGAUGGCCUCCGUCGUGGGAAUCGAGGCUGCGGGCGGGCCGAAGAUUUCGCUGCGGUAUGGGCGGAAGGAUGCAGGGGAUGAGAGCGGCUGUCCUCCUGAGAACAACCUCCCAGGUGCCAAGGCUCCUUUUCAUGACAACGCCAAAAACCCUGCAGCGCACCUUCGCAACAUUUUCCAUCGAAUGGGAUUGACCGAUCAGGAUAUUGUUGCCUUGUCUGGGGCCCACACCCUUGGACGUGCCUACAAGGACCGUUCUGGCAUGGGGGCAGACUCUACAGAGUACACCAAGGACGUCGCCGAAGGCGUGACCCCUGGGGGGUCGUCAUGGACCAAGGAGUGGCUGAAGUUCGACAACUCAUAUUUUGUGGAUGUGAAGAGCAAGAAGGAUGCCAACCUCCUCGUCCUUGAGACUGAUGCAUGCCUGUUUGAAGAUGAGGAAUUCAGGGUGUUCGCCAACAAAUAUGCCGAGGACCAGGACGCCUUCUUUGCCAACUACGAAGAGGCACACAUGAAACUCUCAGAGCUUGGCGUGAAGUGGAUCGACGAUGAGCCCAUCGUCCUCGAAGAUUGA